AAAAAGAUCUGAAUCAGAUCGGAUUGUGAGAUUACAUCUCGAUAGAAAACGCUGAAAGAACUCCCACGAGCGCAGCCGCCGCCACGCAGCCGCCGCCCCGCAGCCGACGCCGCCGCCCCUCCCCCGUCGCGAGUCGCCGCAUGUCGGUCCGUCGGCCCGUCGCGGGGACUCAGCACGAGGGCGCACGCCUCGGAGCUGCAGCAAGCGCCCGCCGCCGCGGCGUCUGGCAUCGCGACCCACAAGGUCACCGUCCACGACCGGGAGCGCGGGGUCGUCCACGAGUUCAUCGUGCCCCAGAAUUCAGUGGGUACUUAACCUUGAAAUUCGCACUCCACCGCGAGUCGCCGCCCAUCGGCCCGUCGCGGGGACUCACGGCCCUGACCUCUCCGUCGCCGCCGCCUUCAGAUAUGGCUGAUAUGAGCGGGGAUUCUAAAGAGUACCAUGAGAUCGUUAUCAAGACGGUUGCUAGCGAGGAUGACUGAUUCAAUUUCUACAACAGUUAUGCUCUUGAGAAAGGAUUUAGCGUGCGGAGAAGCUACGUUGAGUGGGAUGGAGCCAACAAGGAGAUAAUUUUGAGGAAAUUUGUGUGUAGUCGCGAAGGUUGUCGUGAAUAGAAGCACAUGGAGAGGAAGAGAAGAUAUCUUCUUCAGGAAAGCAAUUCGAAGGCCUGAGGCUCGUCGGAGGCGGCGCGUCGACAAGACUGACCUUCCUCGCCUAGCACCGGUGGCCGAUAGCCACCCACUGCCGCCUCCGCUCCUCCCCUCCGUCGCUCCCAGGAGAGAUAUGCACAAUUGAUGGUAGCUUUAAGAUGUGUGCACCUAUACCUAAUUAAUUAUUGUUUUAAGAUUUGUGUAGUCUCAUUGGCCGCUGAAAAGGACGUUCAUUUUCCAUAAUGUUCGCAAAAUAUAUUUGAGAUUCCGAUCCCACAAAUUUUGGUUCCGGUCCUACAUUUAUGGUUCCGUCAGUUUAGUUCCGUCUAUUUACUGCCGUCGGAUCGGGGUGGAUGGACGGUUAUUAAAAAUGUCAAUCAC